GCAGGGUGGAAGUGAUCCAAUGCUCCACCACAACAACUAAACCGCAAAACCUCCCUCAUUUCCUCCACCAACGAUAAAAAGCACCGCAAAAGAGCAUGAUGGCGGUGAACAGAAAGGACAUGGACCGGAUCAAGGGCCCAUGGAGCCCGGAAGAGGACGAGGCCCUGCAGAAGCUGGUAGAGAGGCACGGGCCCAGAAACUGGUCGCUUAUCAGCAGGUCAAUCCCGGGCCGCUCGGGGAAGUCCUGCAGGCUCCGAUGGUGCAACCAGCUGUCCCCUCAGGUGGAGCACCGGGCCUUCACGCCCGAAGAGGACGAAACCAUUAUCCGGGCCCAUGCCCGCUUCGGAAACAAGUGGGCCACCAUAGCCCGCCUCCUCUCGGGCCGCACCGAUAACGCUAUCAAGAACCACUGGAACUCAACCCUAAAGCGCAAGUGCGCCUCCAUCAUGAUCGCCGACGAUCGCCCCUUCAAGCGCUCCGUCAGCGCCGGCGCCGCGCUCCCGCUUUCUCCGGGGAGCCCCUCCGGAUCUGAUGUGAGCGAGUCCAGCGCUCCCGGCGUGCUCUCUCCUUCGCACGUGUUUCGGCCCGUGCCGCUUCGCCCUACCGUGGAAACAGCCUCCUCCAGCGACGACGGGCCCACCACUUCGCUCUCGCUCUCUCUUCCCGGCGUGGAGUCAUCGGAAGUGUCGAAUCGCGCGGUGGCGGUGGCGGCGCCGGUGAUUCCUGUGGCGGCGAUGCCGGUUUCCUCCUCGGCGGUGGAGGUUGGAUUAGGAGCGAUGAAUCUGAGCGCGGAGUUUAUGGCGGUGAUGCAUGAGAUGAUACGGACGGAAGUGAGGAGUUACAUGGAGCAGCAGAAUCAGAAUGGGAUGUGUUUUGAAGGAGUGGAUGGGUUUAGGAAUGUGUCGGUGAAGCGAAUUGGAAUUAGCAGAGUUGAUUCCUAAUUAUGAUCAAGGAACAAAACAAAAGAAACAUGAAAAUGAAAGGAACAUGUUUUCCUUCUUUUUUUUUUUUUUUUAAUUUCUAGGGAAUAAUAUUGAUUAGUGUACAGUGAGAGAAAGAGUAGCAUGGAAUGGAACGCUGGAAAUCGAAAUUUCAUGACAAAUUUGAAAUUUCUUUGGUUCAUGAUGCCUGUGCAAAAAUGAUAAAAGAGAGAGAGAGAAGGGUUAGGAUUUAAAAGUGAAUGGAAUAUCCUCAAAUUUUCAAUAUUAAGUUCAAUUUAUUUUUCUAAUCUGCGGAAGCAUGUUGUAAAUAUUUGUUUGGGUUGAAAUCCAAAAUUAGUAAUUAGUGUUUCAGGCGCAAGAGCUCCAAAGGGAAACCGGUACUUGGUUUGAAAGUAGUUUUUGUCUGUUAUCCUUUUAUGGAUCUUGAAAACAGUUAAUCA